AUGAGUGAAUUAUAUCGCUUUGCAUUGAUUAAUUAUUGGCAAAACCAGCUUAGAGAACAUCCGAGACCAUUUCCAAGUGAAGAGGUUGAGGAAAGAGAUACGAGUUCCAGCUCUUCUGGGACUGAUAGUGGUGAAGGAGCAGAUAAUGAAAAAGGAACAGGAUCUAUAGGUUAUCAUCAAUUUAUCGACGAAUCAAAUCCAUCAGAAGGUUCAAAAGAAUCUAAUUUUGAUAUUGAUAGUGAUGAAUUGUCUGACUCAGAUGAUGAAACUGAAACAAGAGACAAUACUUACGAGGUAUUUGUGGAUGAACAGAAUCAAAUAAAUGGUUCUGAGGAUUAUGAUUCUGCUAUGAUUAGUGAUAUGAUGUCUGACUCGAACGUUGAAAUUGAAACAGAACAUGAAACUAAUCUGGCUUUUGUGGAUGGUCAGAAUCAAGCAAAUGGAUCUAAUGAUUGUGAUCUUACUGUGAUGAGCUCUGAAACUCAUGAUGUGGGUAAUGAAAUAAAACAGGUUGAGGCAACUUUAGAGGAAACAAAAGAAAUUACAGGUGCCAUUAAUAUCGGCACUGCUACAAUGAGCGAUGAUGGUUGCCCUCAUACUUACAUUAUUGAUGGGAGAGAAAAGAAGCUUCUAGCUAAGUCUUCCAAAGUGAAGAAAUGUUUGGCGAGAGAAGAAAGCUUUGAAGAGCGCUUGCCACGAAAGAAAAAGAAGGGUUUUCGCUCUUUCAUACGACAGUUAUUUACUGGCUGUUACAAGCGGGUGUGAAUUAUGUGAUUAUCGCUAUCCUAGAUUGAGUCAACUCUAGGCCUAGACAUUAAAAGCACGACUUUAACAGCUUUGACAACUUUAACAGACUUUAAUGACUGUGACAGACAUAACUAUGGCUUUACCGAGUUAUUAAGAACUUAGCUAUCUUAUAAUGAACUUUAUUGAGUCAUUAUGAAAUUUAUUGAGUCAAUAUGACUUUAAUGGAGUCAUCAUGAAACUUACUGAGUCAUUAUGAACUUUGAUUAGCAACUACAAACUUAAAUUAAGACAUGAUGAACUUUUCUGAGUCAUUAUGAACUUUGAUGAGUUACUACAAACUUUAUUAAGUCAUUAUGAACUUUUUCGAGUCAUUAUGAACUUUGAUGAGUUACUAUAAACUUUAUUAAGUCAUUAUGAACUUUGAUGAGUCAUUAUGAACUUUGAUGAGUAACUUCAAACUUUAUUAAGUCAUUAUGAAAUUUACUGAAUCACUGCGAAACAUGUUAGGCCAUUAUGAACUUUUCUAAGUCAUUGUGAGCUUUUUUGACUCAUUAUAAACUUUACCGAGUCGUUAUGAACGUUGUUAUUAUAAACUUCGUUGUGUUAUUAUUUACCAAAAUUUAAUUUAUAUUAUUA